CCUAGUGGGACGGCGGCGCCCCUGCCGGGUCGUCCGGCCCAUGCGACAGAGAAACGGCGUCCUGGUGACCCGGCCCCUCAUCCCAGGCAGCCCCCACCCCCCGGGGCCCGAAAAUGCUGAGAUCGACGUGGAAUUUUCUGAAACGUCACAAAAAGAAAUGCAUCUUCCUGGGCACGGUGCUUGGCGGAGUAUAUAUCCUGGGGAAAUACGGACAGAAGAAAAUCAGAGAAAUACAAGAAAGGGAGGCUGCAGAAUACAUUGCCCAAGCACGACGACAGUAUCACUUUGAGAGUAACCAGAGGACGUGCAAUAUGACAGUGCUGUCCAUGCUUCCAACACUGAAGGAGGCCUUAUUGCAGCAACUCAAUUCAGAGAGCCUUACAGCUCUGCUAAAAAACAGACCUUCAAACAAGCUGGAAAUAUGGGAGGAUCUGAAGAUAAUAAGUUUCACAAGAAGUAUAGUGGCUGUAUACAGCACCUGUAUGCUGGUGGUUCUUCUGCGGGUACAGCUAAACAUAAUUGGGGGAUAUAUUUACCUGGAUAAUGCAGCAGUUGGCAAAAAUGGCACUGUAAGUUUAGUACAUACCAUUCUUGCUCCCCCAGAUGUCCAGCAGCAGUACUUGUCAAGUAUUCAGCACCUCCUUGGAGAUGGCCUGACAGAAUUGAUCACUGUCAUUAAACAAGCUGUACAGAAAAUUUUAGGAAGUGUUUCUCUUAAACAUUCUUUGUCUCUUUUGGAUUUGGAGCAAAAACUAAAAGAAAUAAGAACUCUUGUUGAGCAGCAUAAAUCUUCUUGGAUUAACAAGGAUGGAUCCAAAUCUUUUUUAUGCCAUUAUAUGAUGCCAGAUGAAGAAACUCCAUUAGCAGUUCAGGCCUGUGGGCUUUCUUGCAGGGACAUUACAACUAUUAAACUUCUCAAUGAAACUAGAGACAUGUUGGAAAGUCCAGAUUUCAGUACAGUUUUGAAUACCUGUUUGAACCGAGGUUUUAGUAGACUUCUGGACAACAUGGCUACAUUUUUUCGACCUACUGAGCAGGACCUGCAUCCCAGUAACUCCAUGACAAGUUAUUCCAGCGUCAGCCUGCCUUUAGCAAAGAUAAUUCCAAUUGUAAAUGGACAGAUCCAUUCAGUUUGCAGUGAAACACCUAGUCAUUUUGUUCAGGAUCUGUUGAUGAUGGAGCAAGUGAAAGACUUUGCUGCUAAUGUGUACGAAGCUUUUAGUACCCCUCAGCAACUGGAGAAAUGAUGUUUUUCCUUCAUGAAAAACUACAGUGGUAUUGAUUCAUUUACUUAAAAAAAAAUACAUGGAAUAAGUCAACUAUACCUACAAUGACAGUUUAUUUCCAGAAUACCUAAUAAAAAUAUAUUCUUAAUCUAAGUCUUCAUUUCAUAAUGAAAUAGAUUUAUUUGGCAGCAUAAUGUAUUUUUUAAAUGCAUCAACAGACCACUUUUGCAGGCAUAUCCAAGUAUACACACAGUGCAAAUAUCAGAAUUGUUUAUAGUUUGUUGCACCAUGGGUAUUUGAUCCAAGCCAACCUAAAACUACUGUAGACACUUUUAUAUAUGAAAUGACUAUGUGCUGUAGGAAAUGCAGUGGACUUUGACAGUAAUACUGAGGAGAAAUCUGUUUGGGAAAUAGGUCUAUGAUGUGUGAAGUUUGGAGAUACGCUGUUUAGUCAUGGAGUUUCCUGGACUUAAUCAGGAGUAAAUUGGACUUUUCGCACAUUGCCUUCAAAGGGAUAAAUUAUUUCUUUCAACUAUACCUUGAUGGAGGACUUUUCUUCUUAUGGAAAUUCGUGAACUUUAGCAACUGUGAUCAGCUGUGUUUUUCCUUGCAUUUUUUACUUUGCUUUUGCUUUGUAGUAUUUUCUGAGCUGUGUUCACCAGCCUAUAGAGUUACAUAAUGAUUUGCAGGCUGAAAUUGGGUCACUGCAGUUUUACUCGCUGCCUUUAGUUACUGUGCUGGUUGGGGUGGAGCUGAACCUGGUUGCCUUUGGAAUUGGUGGAGCACAUUUGUAGGUGCGUCUGGAAGAGUUGUGGGGCCACGGCCUUGGAAUGAGUCUGCUCCCCCCACCCCCUGCUCUGCUUCCAGGCUGCCAAGAACUCAGCAGCUUUGCUUGCUUCACCCCCCACCAUGGUAUCUGCCUUGGUGCAGCAGACCAUGGGCUAAGCCAUGAGCAGAUUAAACCUCUCCGCCUUUAAGUUGUGGUGUUGGGUAUUGUGUAUCAGCAGUGAGAGGCUGACUAAUACAAUUACAUGAUUUUAUUCACUUGUAUGUAAAUAAUUUUAGUAACUUUGUAUUGAUUUUGAGUACAAGGAAUAUCUAUUACAAUAAACUAUUUUAAUAAAA